GUGGUGAAGGAAGGGUCGGUCUGGGGAUCUCCACCAUUACCGAUCACAUCUACAGAAUGUGGGGCGGUGCCUUGCCUCGACUCCCUGUGGAUCGUUGGAGUCGGCACUCCCUCGGAUUUCGAAAAUAGAUCUUUUUAGACGCACUCUUGCUUGCCUGUUCUAGCCUUGCCAAAGAUGGACAGCCGGAUUCCUUAUGAUGACUACCCAGUGGUUUUCCUGCCAGCCUAUGAGAAUCCCCCAGCAUGGAUUCCUCCUCAUGAGAGGGUAUACCACCCAGACUACAACAAUGAGUUGACCCAGUUUCUGCCCCGAACUGUGACACUGAAGAAGCCCCCUGGAGCUCAGUUGGGAUUCAACAUCCGAGGAGGAAAGGCCUCCCAGCUAGGCAUCUUCAUCUCCAAGGUGAUCCCUGACUCUGAUGCACAUCGAGCAGGACUUCAGGAAGGGGACCAAGUCCUGGCUGUGAAUGAUGUGGACUUCCAAGAUAUUGAGCAUAGCAAGGCUGUUGAGAUCCUGAAGACAGCCCGGGAAAUCAGCAUGCGUGUCCGCUUCUUUCCCUACAAUUAUCAUCGCCAAAAAGAGAGGACUGUACACUAGAGAGUUGCAAGCCACAGCCAGCCACUUGGAAUCUUCUAGGACAAGCUGGCCAGGCCUCAGGGAAGCCACAUACACUCUCACAGAGUCUCAUACACUUUGGAGACUCCAAGGGGACCCCGUUUUCCCUCCUGCCCCUCCUAUUCUCCAAAAAAGUAAAACGUGAUGCUGAAGAAA